AUGGUCUCCUUCACUCAGUUGGCCCUCGCUGCCUCGGUUAUCGUCCAGGCCUUCGCGUCUCCUAUCGCUAGCCCUGACGCUCCUGACUUCGAGCUGAGUUCCUCUACCAGCCUCGCUCGUCGCCAGGACUACACACAGAACUACAAGACAAGCGGGAACGUCAACUUCAGCCCCGCCGGCAACGGAUACUCUGUGCAGUUCUCAGGCGCCCAGGAUUUCGUAGUCGGCAAAGGCUGGACCACGGGCUCCAAGACCAGAUCUGUUACCUUCUCCGGCUCAACCUCAGCCAAUGCUGGCACUGUUCUAGUCUCCCUGUACGGUUGGUCUACCAGCCCGUUGGUGGAGUACUAUGUUCAAGAGUACAGCAACGGGCAAGGUGCUGCUCAGGGCACUAAGGUGGGAUCGCUCACGAGCGACGGAUCCGAGUACGAUAUUUGGAAGCACACGCAGGUCAACCAGCCCUCCAUCGUGGGUACCACCACCUUCACUCAGUACAUUUCUGUGCGCAAGAGCGGUCGCCCGAACGGCGGCACCAUCACCUUUGCCAACCACGUUGCUGCUUGGCAGAAGCUUGGCAUGAACCUUGGCACCAUGAACUACCAGACCAUUUCCACCGAGGGCUGGGGCAACGCUGCUGGAUCGUCCAAGUACACCGUCUCAGGCAAAUAA